AUGGCCAAUGUCGACGACCACACGCCCAAGCGGCGGCGGCGCAGUCGCAAAGUGCAGCCCGAGCGCAAGUUCGACUGCGCCCAUGAGGGAUGUGGCAAGAGCUACUCACGCGCCGAGCACCUUUACCGCCAUCAACUCAACCACUCCCCCAAGCAGAUCUUUCACUGCGACUUCCCCGAUUGUUUUCGGUCCUUUGUGCGACAGGACCUGUGUCUCCGGCACCGUGAGCGCCAUACCACUCGCGGCUCCCAACUGCAGAAACGCGAUCAAUUCUCCAACCCGCACAAUGAUGAUCCCUCUCAGCGACCAGUCGCCCUCUCCUCUCCAUCCUCCACCAUGACUCCCGCCCGUGUCGCGCAUGACUCGGUUACGAAACAAGACCCCGUACAUUCUCCCCCGGUCGUGUACAGUCCUCCGAACCUCCCGCCAGGCGCAAGUCCUACAGAUCUCAAUCCCAAGCCGCCGGCCAGUUAUCCUUUGUCGAGCAGCAUCGAUGCAGACCCCAACUACGGGUCCCUGGCAGGGACGGUGUCUGGAUAUACCGACUUGUCCCUCCCUGGUGUCAUGCCCGACCCCUUCGACUCCAAUGCAUACCCCAUCUUCGGCGGCGAGACGUACAACCGAUCACCCUUUGCGAUGGCGGACGACUUUGCGGCGUGGUUGUUCAAUGAGCCCGCUCCGUUGAAUUAUAUGUUACCGGGGUAUAUGGAUCCCGUGCAGAACAAUUUCUACAUGAACGAACCAGCCUACAAUUUCAUGACGGUCAUCCCGCAACAUCCCAUGAGCGUCACCAGUAUUCUCGAUUCGGGGUCCCCGCCGGCAAUCGUUUCUGAAGAAAAACGACAAGAGCUACUGCACCUGAUGGCUACGCGGUUCAACGAAGCGGCCUACUCCGCAAGUGCGAAGCGCAAGGAUGCGCUGAUGGAUGGCGACUUGAACAGCGAUCGGCAUGUGCUGAGCCUGCGCAUGAUGCAGACGUAUAUCAGGUCGUACUGGUAUCAUUUCCACACGCAGUUUCCGAUCCUGCAUCAGCCGACGUUUGCCGCCGACCGCACCCCCAAUUUAUUGCUUUUGGCCAUCAUGGCGAUUGGUGCUGCAACGUUGGACAAAAUACAUGGACAGGCGGCCACAGAAACUGCUGCUGAACUGGCCAGCUUCAUUGCAUGGCAUCUCCGCUGGGAGAUCUUUAUGGAUGCCGACUUUAAGCCGCCGGCACGGCUCUGGAUCUUCCAGGCUCUUUUGUUGUUAGAGGUCUAUGAGAAGUUGCUAUCUACACGAGCGCUGCACGAGCGCGCGCAUAUCCACCACGACACGACCUUGACGCUGAUGCGUCGGGGCAGUUCCCUGAUCGGCCGCUCGGCCUUUGAUUCCCCGGGGAGCAGUGUGCGCGAGGACCGCAUCGAGGACUCGGUGGCUGAUGAGUCGUGGUCGCAGUGGAUCAAAGCCGAGGCCACCCGGCGCGUAGCGUUCGCGGCGUUUGUGCUGGACUCGACUCAUGCGACUAUGUUUGGGCAUUCGGCCAAGAUGGUGGCUCACGAACUACGAUUACCAUUACCCUGCGACGAGGCGCUGUGGGCGGCCACGAGCGCCGCGGAAGUGGCCCGCGUGCAAUCGAGUCUUCAAUCGCACGGUGUUCGGCCGGUCAUGUUUUUGGACGGGCUCAAACGCACCCUGAACGGGCAAGCGGUGCGGACCAACCCUUUCGGGCGGACGAUCCUCAUGGCCGGGCUGUUGAGUGUUGGGUGGCAUCUGAACCAACGAGACUUGCAGGUCAGCUCGCUGGGGGUCGGGCAGACGCUCGGCGGGCGCGACAAGUGGCGGACAGCCCUGCUCCGGGCGUUCGAUAAUUGGCGGCGAGACUUUGAUGAAGUGGUCGGCCCGUCGACGCAGGAGGUGGAGUCGCGCGACGUGCUGCAUGGUUUGGCGCACAUGGCGUCGCAUGUUGACAUUGCCGAUCUCCAGAUCUUUGGGGGAGCCGGCCGUCUGAUGGGUCGGUCCAUUACGGCCCGCGACUUUCGGAACGCGCGCGAAAAGAUGACCGACCGAUGGGCGACCAAGGCGGCCGCGCGCGACGCGACCUUCUACGCACUGCGAUUCCUGUCGGCGUGUUUCUUGGAUUCGCCGACCUUCCAGUCGGGCGAGUACAUGGCACGAGACGAUUAUCUGCUGAACCGGCCGUGGGCGCUGUAUUUUGCCGCGCUGGUGGUCUGGUGCUAUGGAUUCGCGCUGGAAGGCCCGCUGCAACCGGCACCGGUGCUGAACAGCCUGGCGGAGCAGCAGCAGGAUAUGCAACGGUUCCUGCAGCGCGUGGGGGGAGUGCGCGAGCCCAACGAACUGGCGGGGAUGAAGGGGUGCAACGAGUGUUUGGGCCUGUUGAUUCUCGUUCGCGAUUCCUUUGCUCAGCCGCGGUGGGAACUGCUGGGGGAGGCGGCGCGGCUGCUGGACAGCUGCAUUGCGAAGCUCCGCGGCUCAUAA